AUUUUCAAAUAUAAACAGAGUAGUGACACUUUCCAGGCAGCAUAAGUUAACGUAAUCAGUAAUUUAGACAAAGUACCUCACAAACUGUAGGCAGAUCUCUAAAGGAAAACACUAAACAGGAGAUUUUUUAGAAGUUUAAACAUCUUGAGUAACAUCUGAAUAAUGACCAGCGCCCGUAGUACCGUCUUUAGGGAGCUUUUUCUGGAUGGACAGGUUUGUGACUCUGUGAUCCGAGCUGGAGAUGUUGAGUUUAAAAUUCACAGGAUCAUCCUCUGUAACUGCAGUGCAUACUUCAGGGAUCUCUUCUGCUACAAACCACUACCCUCAAACAAGGUCUACAACUUCCCCACUGUGUCUCCAAAAGCAAUGAGCCUCAUUUUGGAAUAUGCCUACACCCAAUCUGUUGUGGUGACGGAGGACAAUGUACUGGAGCUGUUGGCGGAAGCAGACCACUUUAUCGUGACUGGCGUCAUUCAAGCCUGCUGCGACUUCCUGGAGAGGAAGCUUUGUGUAAAUAACUGCGUCAGUAUCUACAAUCUGGCACACUUACACAACUGUCCUGACCUCAGGGGAAAGGCCUUUCUCUACAUCCUCCAUCACUUUGAAGAGGUUUGUGCACUCUCCUUGGAGUUCCUUCAGCUCUCUGUGCAGCAACUAUCAGAUCUUAUCGAGAAUGAUGAGCUCAAUGUGAAGCAGGAGAGCACUGUGUUUGAGGCCAUUCUCAGAUGGAUCAACUAUUCCCCUGUGGAACGUGGGUGUGACAUGCCCGCACUGCUCAAGCAGGUCCGCCUACUAUUAAUACCACUGAGUACUUGGUUGGCACUUCUUAUUGGCCGUUGGUGGAUGGGUGAGUCAUUUCCAAGUGUCAAGAUUGAGUUGUACAAUGUCCGAGCUGACCACUGGGUGCCGCUGAGCUGGACACGGUAUGCUUCUCUGGGAUUCUACGGUUGUGCUUACCUCAAUGGAUGUGUCUAUUGCAUCGGAGGUUUUGAUUUCAUAAGCUAUUCACGUCAUGUGAGAAGGUUCAGCCUCACCAACCAAACCUGGACAGAGGUGGGGCCGAUGCAUGAAGAGCGGGGCUUUCUCAGUGUGGCCACACUGAAUGGCUGCAUAUAUGCUAUGGGCGGGUGCCAAAACCAAAAGAAACAAACUGCAGAACGAUAUGAGCCUGACACCAACCAGUGGACUAUGAUUGCAUCGAUGCACAAGCCCAGGGCAGAAGCUGGUGCUGCAACACUACACGGCAAGGUGUACAUUUGUGGUGGUCUUACUGAAGAUGAACCUCUGUCAUGUGCUGAGUCCUACAACCCUGACACCAACCAGUGGACACUGAUCACACCCAUGGAAACCGGGAGGACUGGGGGAGCCGUGGUCGCCUACAAUAACGAAAUCUUUGUAGUUGGUGGCUUUAACGGUAUCACUCAGUUGCGUAGUGUCAUCGCAUAUGACCCAAGAACAAGACGCUGGCGCAACGUUGCUCCCAUGUUACACCCUCGUCAAAACUUCGGCAUUGCAGUGCUGGAGGACCAGCUGUAUGUGGUUGGAGGUUACCACAAUGGCGGCUUAUUCUGCAAUCUGGAGUGCUAUGAUGAAAAGACCAACAGGUGGUACAUUGUCAGCGACAAAGGGAUGACCCAAGGUGCUGUCAGUUGUUGCGUUCUGAAGCGACACCCCGAUCUGACUGCUUAUCUUCCAUAAUUAUUUCACAUAAAGAAAUAAAGAAAUACAUUUUUCAUCAAUAAAAAA